GCAACAGAGCGCGGAGGGAAAGGUGUCCGACCGCAAGUCUACUUUUGAAUAUCAGGAUUUCACCUUUAACUUUCUUUUUUUUUUUUUUUUUUUUAAUCGCGCAGGAUAUUUAGGAGAAGCUGAUUCCUGCCAGAGUCCAUGUUUGGGUGAUUUGCUGUAUGACCCUGGAAGCUUCACCCUGAGCGAGAGAUGGAAAACAGCUCUCAUGCACUGCCACCCUCGUCCCCCUGUCCCACCAUUUUAAGAGAGCCUCUGCAGUUCUCCUCCUCACCCCAGCAUAUCUCCUCAAAUAGUUGUGUUUCACUGCCACUUUCGCCCAUCUCAUUUCCCCCGUCCCCCACAUCACUUUCUCCAGCAACAGCAGAGUCUGUUCACUCCUCCUCUCCUCUUUCACACUAUGCAGUGUCUCAUUGCCUCGAAGGACAAAGCAUACCUGACCAAGAUGACCUGACCUGUCUCAGCUGGCUGCAUCAGAGAGGGGACCUGCUACCGCUGCAGCCCCUCACCAAAAUGACACCGCUGCCUCAGCAGGAGCCCUCUAUGGCUGCCCAGCUUCUUCCCUCUGCUUCGUCCAAGCCACCAUACUCCUUUAGCAGUCUGAUUUUCAUGGCAAUAGAAGAUUCCCCAGAAAAGAGGCUUCCAGUGAAAGACAUCUAUGAAUGGAUUGUGAACAACUUCCCCUACUACAGGACGGCAACAGGAGGCUGGAGGAACUCUGUAAGACACAAUUUGUCCCUGAGCAAGAGCUUCCGACGCAUUCAGCGUGACAAGAGCCAGUCAGUGGGGAAGGGAUCGCUGUGGUGUGUGUGUCCAGAGUACCGUCCGGUGCUCCUCGAGGUGCUGAGAAAGACUCACAGUUAUCACAGCAACAACAGCAACCUGUUACACAAGCCUGCACUGUUGGAGGGAGACAGCUACGAGGUGCCUUCUGUGUGCGAUCCAAUGGAAAUCUCAGAUCCUUAUUCUCACACCCUGCUCCUGUCCACUGCUGAUAACCUGACUUUAGCAGAAAACCCGCUGUGCCUUUUGACCCCGGAUCACGAGGAGCUGGUCACCAUGGAGUCUGUGGAAUACCAGCAGGAGGAGGUAUGCGAAGACAUGGAGAAGGACCCCCUGUCUGACAGCGGUUACAUCGAGCUGCACUAUUAUGAGUCUCAGCAGUACCAGUACCUGGUGCUGCCGGGCGAUACCGAGCUGGACCUCGAGACCGUGGAGAUCCUGCAGCUUGAUGCCGAGGCCCAAGAGGCUGCUGGGUCGCUGCUGGACCUCGCAGGCGGUGGAUAUUAGUUCAAAUCCUCAAAGAAAUCCUCCUGAGAUGAUGACACUGCCCUAAAGCUUGUGUACUGCUCUGUAGUGAUAUUACAGUAAAGAUCAAAUUAAAGUAUUGCGCCACAUGAUUUCAGGCUUCCAAUACAGAAGCUGAAUAUACCACCAUAUCAUCUCACGCAUAAGCAGCCUGAACAGAGACUUGCAGGUGUAGCAGAAAAGUGAAAAAUAAGGUCCAGUAUACACUCUGAGAUUGUAAAAUUUAAAGUAUUAAAUAUUAGUUUUUAGGGUUUUCAUUGUGCUUUUCUAACACGUUAACAUUGUUCUCAGGGGUGGAAGGCGUGCUUCCAGCUCACGUAGGAGUGCUAUUUCUUGGCGGAAAAGUUUCCCAAGUUCAGGCAUGACUAAUAGCGCUGUUGAAAUCUGGACAUGUAAUGUACAUUGAACAGCACACUGACUCACUUCCACAUGGUUACCAGUAAGAUAUGAAGAUGUGUUACCAGCCCUCAGAUCUUCUAAGUGUUGACUGGCUUUUCUUUCUAAGAAAGUUUCUGUAGGACAUUCAAACAUGCAAAGCAAACUGUAGUUGAAUAUCUAUGUUGUUUUCAGCAACACUGUUGCUGUAAAAUUAGCUAAACAUAGUUGAGGAAAGCAUUUAAAAAUGUAGCUGUGAUUUUAAAUAGUACUUAAGUAUGGGGAAGCACUUCUCAGUUAGAAUGAGUACUUCAUAUUAGAUUUUUAAUGGUUUUUAAUGGACAUUACUUUUCAGAUUAUGUUUGCUUGAGUUGAUUUUAUUUGCACAAUGUCUUCAAUCAGGAACGGUUCGAUUUACUCACUGCCAUUUUAACGACUUUACAUGUCAAGUUACACCGAAUUUCUGUUUGUAAAUUGUAUGUAUUUCCAACACCUUUGGGUUUUGUAAUCUAAUAAAGUCUA